AUGGGUUUGGGGAAUGAGGAGAGCCAUCAGCUUCUGUCUAACAUGGCCAUCAAUGACAAACACGGGGAAAACUCUCCGUAUUUUGAUGGAUGGAAGGCUUACGACCGAGACCCGUUUCAUCCCACGCACAACCCUCAAGGAGUCAUCCAGAUGGGCCUUGCUGAAAAUCAGCUGUGCUUUGACCUGAUACAAGAGUGGAUUAGGAACAAUCCAGAGGCCUCCAUUUGCACUCCGCAAGGACUUCAUAACUUCAGAGAUGUCGCCAUCUUUCAGGACUAUCAUGGCCUCCCUCGCUUCCGAAAUGGUGUGGCAAAAUUCAUGUCGAAAGUGAAUGGAGGGAUGGUGAAAUUCGAAGCGGAUCGGAUAGUAAUGAGUGGAGGAGCAACAGGAGCAAACGAGGUCAUCAUGUUCUGUUUGGCUGAUCCUGGAGAUGCUUUUCUGAUUCCCUCUCCUUAUUAUCCAGCAUAUGCCCGUGACUUGUGCUGGCGAACUGGGGUACAAAUAAUUCCUGUCCACACUGACAGCUCCAACAACUUCCAAAUAACGAAAGAAGCUCUUGAAACGGCCUACAAGAAAGCCCAAGAAGACAACCUUAAUGUGAAGGGCUUGCUUAUAACCAACCCAUCAAACCCUUUAGGCACCACCUUAGACAGAAAGACAAUGAAAAGCCUAGUAACCUUUAUCAGUGAAAAGAACAUCCAUUUGGUGUGUGAUGAAAUAUAUGCAGCCACUGUGUUCAGCACACCAAGCUUUGUAAGUGUCUCUGAGAUCAUCCAAGAAAUGGAGUUCUGCAACAGAGAUCUCAUUCACAUAGUCUAUAGCCUUUCGAAGGACAUGGGGUUUCCUGGCUUCAGAGUCGGGAUAGUUUACUCAUACAACGACACUGUGGUGAGCUGUGCUCGCAAAAUGUCAAGCUUUGGAUUAGUCUCUUCACAGACUCAACACGUGCUCGCUUCGAUGCUUUCAGAUGAUGAUUUUGUGGACAGAUUUCUAGCAGAAAGCUCAAGAAGGUUGGCCAAGAGGCACAAUUUAUUCACAGAGGGACUUGAGAAGAUGGGAAUCACUUGCCUUCCAAGCAACGCGGGCCUGUUCUGCUGGAUGAACCUGAGAAGUCUGUUAAAAGAGCAAACAGUUGAAGGAGAAAUGAAGCUAUGGCGUGUGAUAGUGAAUGAAGUGAAGCUGAAUAUAUCUCCAGGAUCGUCUUUCAGCUGCAGUGAGGCUGGGUGGUACAGGGUUUGCUUUGCGAACAUGGAUGACGAAACCAUGGAAGUAGCACUGAGAAGGAUCAGAGCAUUUGUGGGGAAAGAAGCGAAGAAAGCAGUGGAAGUAAUGAAAAAUAUGCAAAACAUUAUUAAGAGUUUGAGGGCGAACUUCUCCGCAAGAUUCGAUGAGUUUAUUAUGUCACCUUCUUUGAGGUCUCCACAUUCACCAAUCCCUCACUCCUCCUAUGUUAAAGCCUAA